CCCCCAUCAGGAGUCACUUCACAGUCACCUCAAUAACAUCAACAUGACGGUCUCAGGUACUACUACUAGAAGCGACACUGCUUCUCAGUGCUCGGACAGCGAGCAUUUGGCCCAGUUCGACCAAGUCCGCAAGAUCCUACAACUGCAAAACCUACCAGCGUUUGCCUUGAAGAUUCGCUAUGGAGAUGCCGUCGCUGCUGACUCGUCCUGUCGCGUCGUCCCUGACCCUCUCUCCGGCACUUAUCAUAUUCUCUUCAAGCUCGAGUUCGACGAUGGGGUGCACUGGCUCCUCAAAGUCCCCGCUAAUGGUUAUCCCGACGCCUUUGACGCCGUUUCUGCCCGCGCCCUCCGGUCUGAAGCACUGACGAUGCGUUUAAUCCAAAGGAAAACCAAAGCACCCGUUCCAACCGUGUAUCAUUUCGACGAUACCCUAAACAACGAGCUCCACUGUCCCUUUAUCCUGAUGGAAUAUGUCGACGGCCGCCCAUUGUACGAAAUUUGGUUCGAUCAAAAUGUCGACCCCGAGGUACUCGAAAAACGUCGCUGUCGUGCGUUGGAUGGCGUGGCGCGAGCAAUGUUAGAGCUCGGCAAGUUUGUCUUCGACGAGGCUGGGGAGAUACUCUUCGAUCAUAAUGACGGUCCAUGCUGCAUCGGGCCGAUGAAGAUGCUGGAUAUCCAAGCCAUGCUGGGGCAGGACGAUGAUGAUGAUGAUGAUUCCACAAUCUUCUGUUCCGUUGGGCCCUUCCGCAGCGCAAAAUCGUGGUUUACCUGCAUGCUUGACAGGCGCGAACCACCCCCGGAUGAGUACAGUCUUGGAGUCUACAGUGUGCUUCGUUUGUUCAUUGACCUAGCCUUUCCCGAGACGCAAAGUGGAGAGAAGACGGAUUUUGUUCUCUCCCACCCUGAUUUCGAUAUUCAGAACGUCCUCGUGUCCGACGACGGCAGCCUACGUUCACUCAUCGAUUGGGAUGGGGUGAGCACGGUACCUCGCUGUCUAGGAAAUGAGGUAUAUCCAAGCUGGUUAACGCGUGACUGGAAUCCGGUAACUUACACAUUCGAUGAAAGCGCUACGCCUGGAUCGGACUGCCAGAAUAACCAUGAAAACUCACCGAGGGAGCUUGAGCACUACCGCAAGAUAUAUCAGAAGCUCAUCGAGAAGAUAUUGGAAUUCCCUGCCGCGUCGAAAAGGAUGGCAGCCAACUCCCUGGUCCUCCGCAACCUCUACAUCGCCGCUACAGACCCUGUUUGUACGCACGCUAUUGUUCGGAGGAUCUUUGAGGAGAUUACGUCGAGGACGGCCCCUGUUAAAUCCUCUACAGAGCAUAAAGGUGAAAACGGAUCCAAUAAUGGUGACAACUGCAACAACGGCGCCGAUAGCCGUGGCGAUGGCGACCAUACACAUGUUGAUGAGGGUGACGAUGACUUCUUCAUCUAUGAUGUUUUCACCAAGUUCCGACGCGGCAACCUAAGUGAACGGAACCUACAGCGUCUUACACGUGGAUUUCAAGCGCUGUUGAUAUGAUGUGUCCUUUCGAUAUGCUACUCUUCACGGUACCCCCGAAUAUACCCAAACUUACUCACUGCCUUCCUACGAAGUUUUUAUCAGGUUUAGCAAAGUAUUUCGUUUCGUUUACAAGAAUCUUGAAUUUAUACUACGUUCAUCUGGUAGUAAUACUAUCUGAUCAGUCCUCCAUCGGCACCCACCGCAACUGCACACGCCCCGGAUCGCGCAUCUGCAACGUCAAUUUGCUAACCGAAUCCCACGCCAACUGCCUCAGCCUCUCCCUCAGCAUCUCAGCAUCCUCAAUCCCCACUGUUGGCAGCGGCUCGCACCGCGCGGACCGGAACAACGUCGCCAUCGUCGCGACGAAUUCGACCUGCGACAUUUUCACCCCGGGACAGAUCUGUGGGCCGCCGGACCAGGACACGUAGGUGCCCUUUGCUGGGGUGAUGAUUUGAUCUGACGAGGAGGACGUGUCGAUCCAGCGGGAGGGGUUGAAUUCGGCUGCGUUGGGACCCCAGUGUGCCGGGUCGAGGUGGAUGCUUAGUUGGGAGACGUAGAUGUCCAUGGGGGGAGUGAGGAGGUGCUGUGUGCCGGUUGUUGAGUUGUUGAGUUGUUGCGGUUCGAGGACGGCGCAGGGCAAUUUGUCGGGCACCACAUUUCUUCACUUAAAGCCGGACUUUUUUAUCUUCCCUGAGGCAUAACUAUUCGUUAUAUUUUUUCCAUAGUGCUAUACGGAGUACUACUACGAGUAGCAAUCCCUGCUUCCUAGGCGUACCCCUGGAAAAGAGACAAGUCAAGCUUCAUGACUCAAGGCAGUCAUUCUGCUGUCUAGUAACUCAGAGAGUCUCUUAAGCAUGUUAUGCUCUCUUAUCUCUGUAACAAAGAUUUUCUUUUGUCUG